UUCCUUCUUUCUUUUUCCUCGCCUUUCUACGCGUAGGCGGACGAAACGGCGUUGCGAGUUUUUGUGCGCUGUGGUGGGUAGGCGAUAAAUAUGAGCUACAGACGUGUGCCGUUUCAGUUUAAUCCCGACCGAAGCUCGGACGAGAGACGAUCGGAGAUACUUCGCAGGUUCGGGUUUCAACCCGAAGAGGAUAACAACAUGUUCUACGAAACCAAUUCGCCCUCAUGGUCUUCAGACUGGGCCAGCCGUUUCCACAGGCCCGCCUUUUACGACGACCCGGAAUGGCGCAACACCAGCUCCGUGUUUGGCAACUCUGGGUCCAUGCCGGGCUCGCCGCAGUCGUCUCGCGUGCGCCGGGGCUGGACAACGGACUUUGACGAAGGCGGCGUCCCCAUCAAGGUCGUUCACGAGACGACGUCGGGCGGCGCCACCGGUCACGACGACGACGCCGCCUCGGAGACGUCUUCCCAGGGCAGCCGGUCCAGCGGUUCCAGCGCCCGUAGCGGCGCUGGCGCCUCCAACGGGGCCUCGUGCUCCAAGCCGCGCCACGAACCUCGAGUCCACCACAUCCCCAUCAUGGUGGAGGGGCGCGCGGGCGCCUCGGGCUACGCCUCCGACGGUGACGUGAAACCUCAGACCAGCAGGAGGUCCUUUGCCAGUCCCAAGGAAGGUCAGCCCGGUCCCUCUGGGGAGCCCAGGAACGUCCACACAGUGCCCAUCGAAGUGGAUGGAUACCCCGUACAGGGCAAGCCGGCAAGAAGUCCAUCCCAGAACCACCACCACCAGGACGAGGAGAUGACCGGAGAGUCGCAGAACAUGCGGACUAUUCCCAUCCAGAUGGACUGCGGCGACGAAGCCAUGGCUAGGUGUCGGGUCGACGACCCGAUGGAUGAGCAAGACGGCGGGGAGAAGAGCUGGCCUCACACGUUUCCGAGGCAGAAGUGCCAGCAGUCAGCCCGGCGCGCCCCGCAGACGACGACCAAGUCAUCGUCGGGCGGGAGGCUAGCUCCGCAGGCCCCACCCGCCAAGCAGGGCUCGGAGCCACCGCCCCCGCAGCAGGAGACAAGCAAGCCGUCCACGGCUGAAGAGCAAAUCCGCCGGAUCAGCCUGGAGCUCGCCGACCUCCGGCAGCAGGUGUUGAACUUCAACGGCAAGCCCGGCGACAAGCAGUACAAGUUCCUGGACGAGAUGCUGACGCGGCUCAUGAUCAAGCUCGACGCCGUCGACCCGGCGGGCAGGGAUGACGUCCGACAGCUGCGCAAGUCGAUGGUCAAGGAGGUGCAGUCCGUCAUCAACCUACUGGAGGGCAGGGGGCCGACGAACGCGCUCGUCGAGGUUCCACCUCGGGAAGUUGAAGAGCUCGCCGACGAAGCCACCCAGUAUGCCGAGGACGGAAGCAUCGACAGCCACGAAGACGCCCCUGCCGCCGGGGCAGCUUCAUCCACCAAACCAGAGUCGUCUUCAAAGCCCGAGGUUGCAGGCACUGUUGAAGCGCCACAUGCUGUACAAGCAGCCGGCAGCAAGGAUGAGAAGGGAGACACACCCAUGGAAGUCGAGGUGCCGGCGACUUCCGAAGCCCCUCAGCCACCAAGUGCCGAGGCGGCGCCCUCCGCUGCCGGCGGCAGUGGCGGUGCAGAAGAGCCCACACCAGAACCUCCGACAAUUCCAAUGCCUGUUGACCUCGACACUUCUCUACCCAGUUCCUCUGGUAACGCUGCAGAAGCCGGACCUGUAGAACCGGGAUCCAUGAGCCCGUUCAACGAACAAAACCUGUCGUCCCUAAACAACAAUGAAAUGGAAAGUACCGUUACGGAAGGCACCAUCCCCACUGAGCAUUCGGGCUCGACGGAACUCUGAAGAGGGUCUCUGGCGAGUUCGCCGUGUCACAGUAUUGCAGUUAGGUUCUGUUUAAAAGAAAACGAACGUGUCACAGAAUCUGGAGGUGGACAGAAAAAAAAGCCUGUACCGGUGCUGUGGGGGUGGCCCUGCUGGAACCAAAGUUUCUUGCAAUGACUGACUGUACAUACUGUUGUAUCUAAGUCAAAACUAUGCGUGUACAUAAGUUUGUUUUCUUUCCGCGUGUAUUUAAAAGAAGUGUGGUGUAAUUGUUUCGACUUGUUAUAAUAAAUGUCUAGCAUUGUCUCUAUGCA